AUGUCCCGACGACGCAGAAAUACGACACGCAGAAAUGCGUGCACGAUGAAACGACGCUUGGUUCGACAGGAGCUGGGGGAGUUCAUGGAGAAGUAUGAUCUUGACGGAGUGGACUACAACUGGGAAUAUCCUGGCUACCGCUUUGGACAAGGCUACUUAGCCGAAAGCGAGGUGAAGGCUGAUUAUGAAGGCCUUUCAAAGCUUGUGUUUGAGACCAGACAGAUGUACGUAGACAAAGGUUGGGCCAACAAGGCCAUCACCAUGGCGUACUACCCGGACAGUCGUCAGGAGCAGUUGCUUCGAGACCAUGGUAUUGCUGAGCAAGCCGAUUUGCUCCACAUGAUGAGCUAUGACCAAGGUGGAACGCAUCACAGUUCCCUGGAGUAUGGGAGGAAAAGCGCCGACCAGGGGAAAGGAAUCCUUCCAGCGCAGCAGCUCACGAUGGGCGUGCCCUUUUACGGCCGUCAUAGCCGCAGUGGAGAGUGGACCACAUAUGAAGACUUGGUCCAGAAGCAUUGGCCCUUGAAUCCUGCGCUGGACGCGGUGGAUGUGCCAGGAGGAGCAAGCAUCGGCUUCAAUGGCGUGACCACCAUGAGCUUGAAAACCAACCACACACUCCAGGAGGGUCUGGCAGGGGUGAUGAUUUGGGAAGUUGGACAAGAUUGCCGACUCCAGCCAGUGGUCCAUGGAUCAACGACACAUGUACGCACAUGCCCAGAAGACGAGGCCUCGCUGCUGCUGGCUAUCAGCAGAACAUUGGCAGCUGCCAAGAGGGUUCGCAUGCGGAUGCCAGGUUGGCGGACUGGUGUCGAUCCGACUGAGCUCUAG